AUGACUCUCCUCACCCAGUCCAUGGCGCAGCUCGCAAACUCGACCACCGGGACCAGCGGUCUGAAGGCUGUUCAGAAGCCCUCCACCUUCAAAGGCGAACAAGGAGGUGAGGCACGGCGUUUCCUGGCCGCGUUCACCCUUUGGGCCAUGUCCCAAGGUUCGACGCUCAACCAUGUCGAUGCCAUGGGCAACGCGAUCAGUGCGCGGGACGACCAGUGGAUCCGGGCGGUCCUCUCGUUUAUGCAGGACAGCGCAGCUCUUUGGGCCACUCCGGCGAUGGAGGAGAUCACGCAGGGCACCACCCCGUUCAAAGGAUCGUGGACCGAGUUCCGUACUCAGUUCAAGGCCCGUUUCGAGACGGUUGACGAGGCGGUCGACGCGAAGGAACGUCUCCGUACGCUAUGGCAAGGCACCAUGACCGUUCCGGAGUACGCCGCACGGUUCAACGAGCUCUCAACCCGCACGGGCUACUCCAAAGCCGACCUCCGAGACCGCUUCUAUAAGCACCUCGCGGACUCCAUCAAGGACGAGUUGGUGCACACGGCCCGGCCCAUCGCUUCCCUCGAGGACCUCAUCUCCGUCUCUUCCGACAUCAAUGUUCGGGUCCGCCAACGCCGUGCCGAACAGGAUCGUCAGCGCGGACGCACCACCACCACCACCAUCGCAGCCAAGCCGGCUGUACCGCUGCAUACCACCCCCUUCACGCCGCCUGCCCGGGACCCGAACGCAAUGGACAUCGAC